AUGUCUCUAGCGAUUUCUCCAAGAAAGCUUCGAUCAGACCUAUACUCAUACUCUUACCAAGAAGACUCCAAAACACCACUAGUAAUCUCUGUUCUUUCUUCUCUGAUCGAACGGACUUUAGCUCGGAACGAGAGAAUCAGCCGGAGCUACGGUGGUUUUGGUAAGACACGUGUCUUUGAUUGCCGGGAAAUUCCUGAUUUGACGAUACAAUCGUAUUUAGAGAGGAUUUUCCGGUAUACCAAAGCCGGUCCAUCGGUUUACGUCGUGGCUUAUGUAUACAUUGACCGGUUUUGUCAAAAUAAUCAAGGUUUUAGAAUCAGUCUCACUAAUGUACAUCGUCUUCUCAUUACAACUAUCAUGAUCGCUUCCAAAUACGUCGAAGACAUGUAA